UAAACAAAGAUUUUUCUGACAUUGCACAACGGAUAAUCUUGUAUAUGCAAUACACUAAACCUGUUCAAGAUAAAUAGAAAAUUGUUUCAAUAUACAUCACCAUUGUAAUCUAACUGUGAACGGAUCUAGUUUUUAAGAAUGGCAGGUGUCUGUGAAGGAUUAAAAGACCUGCAAGAAAAAGAAAUAGAAAAAGUUAAAUCAUCGUUAGAUGGUCAGGUACGAGUCAUUUCAGGAAUUGGUGACUUUACCAAUGUCGUGACUAUACAUCCUGAUGGUUUGGAUCUCCACUGCAAGUUCCAACUUACAGAAAGUUAUCCUCAAACCCCACCGACUAUUAGUAUACGGUCAUCGGUUUUGAAUUCGGAUCAGACGGCAAGUUUGAUAAGCUCACUUCAAACUGAGGCUACUUCAAAAGUUGGCCAAAUGAUGCUGGUUGAUCUAAUGACAUCAUGUAAAAGAUGGCUUUUCGAAAAUGACGUUGAUGUGUGCGCCUCAACAGUGGCAGAAAAGUCGAAACAUAAGAAAGGGAAUGGGAAGUCUAAGCAAGGAAAUAACAAAGAGAAAAUCAAACCGGAAAAUGAAAUUGGUGAUAAAUCUAGCAAGAAGAAGCCACCAAUGAGAACAGCGGCAGACGUAAUUAAGAGAUUACAAUGGGAUAAAGCGUUUGAUAAAGAAAAUUUUUGGAUAGGAUAUUUAGAUAGAAUUGUGGGUCUUGUAGAAAAGAAGUUCACGGCGUUCACAUGGGGGGACAUUGCUGCAGUUGAUUAUUGUACAUUGGCCAUUCCGCAACACCGUAUACAAUACUUCAAGUACUUCACAGAAAAAGUUUGGGAUAAGAACGAACGCUUAGACAACGUAUUUGGGUCAACAGGUAGUAAAUUAACCCUUAUUGAAGCUAUUAAAAAGUAUGAAGAUAAACAAAAGGAACUUGGUGAAGUUGAAGAAAAGAAAAAUAUACCGGAAGUUGACGUCAAUGAAAAUCACGAGGAUGGUGCUGCUGGAAGUGAAAUGGAAGACGAAACUGAAAUAUACGAUGAGUUUGAAGAAAACGAAUGUUCUAAUGAUGAGGCAGACGAACAAAUUAACGAUUUGUCGAAACCGGAGAUUCACAAGAAACGUCCAAAUUUCUUUGUGGCUCUACAAAUCACGGACACAAACACUAUAGAGAAACUAUUAGACGUUCAGAAUCAGGUCAUUAAGUGGUAUCCAAGUUACACCGAUCAUAAAAUCCCAGCCAAUGGGUUUCACUUGACACUUUCUGUUCUGAAACUUGAAAACACGUCUGACAAUCAAGCAUGCUUUGAUGCAAUGAAUCAAGCAAAGUCGAAGCUUGAAAAGUUGGCGCGAAAUACGGAACCGCUUAUACUUCAAGAUCUUGAUCAUUUCAGCAGGAGGGUCAUUUAUGCCAAAGUGAAGUACUCACAGCAGUUUCUUGCAUUGGUAGAUGAAAUUAGAGAUAUCUUAAUUAAUGCCGGAUUUGAUGUUGGAUCAUCUAGUUUCAAGCCUCAUCUAACGCUGUUUAAUGUAAGGAGAUCUGUAUGUUUGGAACGUAAGGACAUUUUGCUCAAUGCGUUCAAUGAUUCAGAUUGUCCCUUUGGGUCACAGGCUAUUGAUAAUAUCCAAGUAUGCCGAAUGGGAACCUUACCAAAAGGAGACUCUACCGAGUUUUAUGAAAACAUAUUUCGUUUUGAUAUGUAAACUAUUUUGUUUUAGAAAUGGCUUGUUGUAUGGAUAAAAAGUAAAUGGAUAAAUAAAGCGACACACUUCUUUCUUUCGGGAAUCAUAUACAUUGUAAUGAUGAAACAAAACUAGUAAUAAUGAGAAAAUAUUCAUGUUCUGGUUGUUUUCUGGCACUUUAAUUAAUGACUUCUAUCUAUUCUACUUAUCUAUUUUUUUCUCAUUUUUAUGUGAUGAUGAUAUUUUGGAUUUUGCGAAUUAAUGCUGCAUCUAUGCUCAAAUCGAAUAGUUGGAAAUGCCGUCUAAAUAUUUAUGUGAUAUCUUUUUAUAUAAAUUUGAUUUUCAUCAUGUUUAAUAGCAAUAA